AUGGAAUACUUGCAUUGUGUGGUGAAAGAGACAUUAAGAUUAUAUGCACUAGGCCCCUUGCUCGUGGUUCAUGAAUCUACAGAAGCUUGUAUUGUGGAAGGAUUUGAUCAUGACUACUUGAUACCAGCAAAAACAAGGCUUAUAGUUAAUGCUUGGGCUAUACGAAGAGAUCCAAGAGUAUGGAUACAACCCUUGGAAUUCAAGCCUAAGAGAUUUAUGGAUAAAAUUUUUGAUAUAAUCAAAGAUCCAGAAUUAAGCAUGAUUCUUUUUGGGGUGGGAAGGGGAGGUUUCCUUGGUGCUUCCAUGGGCAUUUCCAUUGUUGACGUUGCAUUAAGAUAUUUAUUUCACUACUAUAAUUGGAGAAGUGAAGAUGAGAUAGAUAUGAAUGAAUAUUUUGGAGCAACCAUUCUUAGAAAAGAGCAUCUAUUUGCUAUUCCAACUUGGAGGUUAAGUUUAAAUGCACUUUCAUCCCUCUAA